UCUGAGAUGAGACCAGUCACACUUGUCUUGUUAGCUCUGUUCACCGGGGCAGUGACUCCCUGCUGCAGAAGACUCUGUCUGACUCUGGACGCGAGCGCUGCGCUACCACACAGUAGAGAGGAUGGAGACACAAUAUGUUUCACUUUAAACAACUCUGUUGGAGACGCUCUCACUCACUGUAGAAUGAAUCUGGUUCUGAAAUAUGAAAGCACAAUUCAAGAGGACUGGAUAGUGAUAUUCACCGUAGAGGAGAACAACAGAAACCCUGACCUUCUACCAGCUGUGACUCUGGGCUACGGCAUCUAUGCCAUCUGUGGGAGCAACGACUUGCUGCGAGCCGUUCCGGAGGUUUUGAAUGGAGUGGGGCAGAGUGAGCCGACAGGGCACAGCGGCAGCAGAGUGCAGGCACUGGUGGGACACUCCUCCUCUGGACCCAGCAGCCCCUCACACGGGCUACAGAUGAGCCACGAACGUACUUGUGCAUUUCUGAGAGACAGAGAUGUCGACCCCAGAGCAGAGUCCAGUCACUGGGCCCAGAACCUAACCCUGCUGCUGCCCCUGCUAUGCUGGAGCAGGGUGGACAUUGUCUGUGGGACGUGCAAACUGGAGGAUACAGCUAAGAGUCAGACCCUCUUACAGGACGUGAAGGGGUUUGGUCUCCCAGGACUGGCUGAGUUCUUACUGAGUACCUUUAUCUGUGACUGGAGCCUGGCUGCUCAGCGGAGGAUGUGCUCCCCUUUAGCUGAGGGCCAAGCCUGGCUCAACGUCCACGGGGCCACGUGUGCAUUGACAACGGUAGCUGACAUGCUCAUGAGAAAGGAAUGCAGCGACAGUCAUCCUAAAUCAGCCUGUCUAAAAGAUGCUGGAUUUACACCAAACCAGCUACUGAAGGUGGUGUGCAUACAGAUAUCUCCACCAGGAAGAUGGAGUGACGCUAAUGAAACAGGAUCAUGUUGUUUCAACCUAAACGUGAUGACUGACAGAGAACACGGUCAGAAAAAUGAUGCUAGUGAACAUAUCCCACGUAUCCUGCACGGCAAGAUUGAGGAGAGGAGCCAUCGGUGUGUCUCUAAUGGCUGGGUGGAAGGACUACUGCUAACAGCUCUGUUCUGGCUUGGGAUCUACACCAGUACAGUGGUGACCGUGUCUCACAGAGACACCCCUGUCUACAGAGCCAACAGCAAGCUGAGCUUCCUGCUUCUCAUCACACAGACUCUUUGUUCUCUCUCACCUCUCACCGCCAUUGGCCGGCCCUCUGAGUGGUCCUGUAUGCUGCGCCACACAGCGUUUGGGAUCACCUUCGUCCUCUGCAUCUCUUGUGUUCUGGGGAAAACAAUAGUGGUGUUGAUGGCCUUCAGGGCUACACUUCCAGGCAGUAAUGUCAUGAAAUGGUUUGGGCCUCCACAGCAGAGACUCAGUGUUCUGGCUUUCACUCUCAUACAGGUCCUGAUCUGUGUUCUUUGGUUAACAGUCUCCCCUCCUUUCCCCUACAAGAAUAUGAAGACCUAUAAGGAAAAUAGCAUUCUAGAGUGUGAUGUGGGUUCAGCUAUUGGUUUCUGGGCUGUGUUGGGGUAUAUAGGACUCCUGGCUCUCUUGUGCUUUGUGCUGGUCUCUCAGGCCAAUAAGCUACCUUCUAUGCAAGCUAAGUUCCUUCUAUUGACUGUUCUUAUACAUGUACAAUUAGCCGCAUGGCUGCAAACCUCCAGGGCACCAACAAAGUAUAAAUUGGUCAUUGAGGUACAUUCAACAUAGUUAGAUGUCUAAACCUAUAAACUGAAAGCUUGUAACACCAGGGAUGGGCAACUCCAUUCCUCGGUGGCCUGAUUGGUGUCACACUUUUGCGCCAGCCCCAGCUAACACACCUGACUCUAAUAUUCAACCAAUCAUAGUCUUCGGUUUAGAAUGCAAUUAGUUCCAUCUGGUGUGUUAGCUAUAAGGCUGGGGGGGAAAAGUAUGACAUCAAUCAGGCCACCGACGACUGGAGUUGCUCAUCCCUGUUGUUGUUUUCUAAUCACUGGUUAAUAUUAUCCAUAGAAAUAAGAUAGCUUUGUAACCACAAUAACAAAUGUAUCUAAUGUAAUCUUAA